UCCCCCUCUUCCAUGUUAGUUUACUCCACGCUUUUCUUUUUCUGUCUUUUUUUUUUCCUUUUUUUAUUUUCAAAAUUCUGUCUCCUCCUGUAAGAUUAAGUGUGCCUCUUUUGCACCUGACCGUCGGGACCGGGGCGACUUUUUUUUAUCAACGGCGAUCCUAGCUCUCGCUCUUCGUCAAUUCAUCAGCACAAUCCCUUCUUUUCUUCCCAUCCGCCCUGAUUCGAUCUUACUUCUCUUCUUUCCUCGCACCCCCCGCUUACCGAACUCCCUAACGCCUGGGGAAUUCUUUAUUUUUGAAUUUUCGGAAACCGUUUUUGAACGGAGGUGAUCCCCCGACUCGUAUUUCCCACGUGCGGGACUACAUCGUCUCUAGAACUUCCCUCAACUUCCUCAUUCCCCAUCCCGCCAGAAGUUAUUUUUGGAGUCUCCAUGGGCGAUCGUCUCUUAUAAACUUCAACGACCUCAUCUCUCUCCGAUCUGGUCUCUAUUGAUCAUUACUUAACCUACUGAUCGACUCGAGUACUUGACGACAAUCCGACUCAACGAUCGGUUUCAUCUUACUGGUCACCCCACCUUGAAGCUUACGUUGGUGACUCGACAUCUUUUCUGCCCUUGUCUCCUCAUAACGUCUUCCACGGUCUGCUCCUGGACCGAACUACUUUGUCACCUUCACUCUUCAUCUUCGGCAUAUCUCAAUCACAGUUACAAUGGCUGGCCCCGGUGGUGGUCCCCCGCGCAAGAGCCAUACCAAGUCGAGGAACGGAUGUAAGACGUGCAAGCGGAGACACAUUCGCUGCGACGAGACCUUCCCACAAUGUCGCAAUUGCACCAAGCACAACUGUCGCUGUGACUACCAAGACGUAGCUGCGGUGCGAGGUAGCCCACCUGCCUCGCGACGUGGUCCCGAUCUCCUCAUGUCUCCGGAAAUCGAGAUAGAGAUCGAGAAUUGGCACAGAACUGGUCUCACACCAUAUCCAGAGCUCGCUGGAUGCCCUCCCUCUGGCUGGUCUGGUCUGUCUCGGUCAGAUUUGCGCUUGGUUCACCACAUGAUUGGGCUUUCCAUCGACCUACAUCGACGGGGUCUGAGUAAUUGCACAAUUUGGGCGCAAAUGUUGCCUAGUUUCCUGGGCAUUGCGCUAUCAAACGACUUCGUCAUGAGCGCCAUCCUUUCCCUUUCUGCCUACCAUCUCGCCUACCUCACGCGGGAUCCGGAAACCAAGCAGCUCGCACUACACCACAAGGCAGCUGCUUUCAAGGGUCUUCGGACCGCGCUCGGCUACGCUAUCACCUCUCCUUCCAAGGACAACGCAGAGGCCAUCGUUUCAGCCCACGUCUUGCUUUCCUGGCAAGCAACCGAAUACCAAAGCUGGGUUUCAUUACAGCAGGGUCUUUCGUCUAUCCUCGAGACUACGUAUCUAGUUUGGAAGCAGGAGUCGGAGAUUGUACAGUUUGUGGAGAACCAGCGCUCUUUGAGUACCCCGGACUUCCCGGUUUCAUUCGAUGAGGAUUUGGCACAACUAGAUCAGACCAUCCACGGGCUACAGAUUUCUCAGAAGCGAGUCUCACACAACGCAGAGCACUCUCAACGCCUGGGAGAGUUGAUCGACUUUGUGCAGCAAUUCCGAAAAGACUUCCCGACCCAGACCUCCGAGCAAGCCUUCGAGCGUAUCCAGAUUCUACGACAAUGGCUCUUCUGGCUGCCCCCUUCUCUUCUCCGAAAUGGCGAGUCCGAACUUAACGCUCUCUCGGUUUUGUCUCAAUUCUUCGCCGUUGCAAUCGCCCUCGAGCGCUUCUUCCCAGAUCUGGGGGGCUCAUACUUGGGAGCUCCGUCCGUUGGAACCAUUGAGGAAUCAUAUCGCAUUAUUGCCGCACACACCGCUACAGAUCCAUUCAAUGCUGACAUUCGUCUUGCUAUAACUUUGAUGGACCUGCCGCGCCACUGCGUUGCACGAUAUCGCAGCCGUUUGACCUGGUCCCCACGGGCCUCGAUUGAGCAUUACUCACCUGGCCCACCGAGCCCUUACCACGGCCUGCACGAAUUUUCUCUCCCCUCAUCAUCUUCUCCCGCAUCCGCCUCGCCUUCAUAUGCCGCAUACACACCUCCUCUCCAGUCUCCUCCGGCCGUUACGGUUGCUGGAUCUCCCUUCACCCUCGCAGAUGGCUACGUUACCGCUGCACCUUCUCACACCCUCUACCCACCGUCGCCACAACUUCUCGAUGUUCACGAUCCUCAGCUCGGUCUCUCUGAUCUCAGCCACUCUGGUGCUAUCCCGCAUUCCUCAGCCUUCACACCACCUUACGGUGGUGAUGUUCUCUGCGCUGAUAUGCCGCGGACUGAUGGGACCUUGGGGCUGAACAUGGACGUGUACCCGCAUUCCCAUGCAUUUGAGAUGCCUGGAAUGGUCGCACCAGAGACAUGUUGGACAUGAGGUCCGAAUGACAAAAAGACCUUUUCGCCAUUCCGCUUCUAAGCCCCCUCUUCUUCUUACCUGACUCUGUUUCUAUACUGAUGUCAAAUUCUCUCUUUCUUUGGCUGUUGUUUUUUGGAGUUUGUGGUAUUGAGUAUGAGUGUUGGUGGCUAUUCAGACUCGGUCACAAUUUGUGGGCUGGGGGAAAUGACUCUACUACGUGAUAUAUACCCGGACAAUAUUGUUCCAAUUUUUUCGUUGACAUCAUUUGAAGCGUCUGUAUGCUAUUUCUUUCUCAUACUGGAUGAAUUCUUAUUUACAUGGGAACUAUGCUAUGAUUAGAAAUUGGGUGGUGUUUGGAUUCUGAAACCUUGAUAUCUUGAAUCAACCUCUUGUGCUUACCAAGUGCAUUCUUCCCUCUACAACAUAUUAAAGCAGAAAGAUUGGACGUGAUAUCAAUCAUUACUGGCA